AUGAAGCCGGAGAUGGGUGCUAGGCAGAUAUUUGACGAUCUCACCGCUCACAUUGCGCUCUUCCAUUCCUCUGCCCAUCCUUCUCCCUCGAACUCUAACCCUAGGAAGGCCAUUCUCCGUUGGUUUUCUUCAUUAUCUGUCCACCAGCGUCAGGCCUGCCUGACCGUCGUCGAUUCUGAUUUUGUGAAGAUUCUUCUCCAGAUGCUCGCGCGCCUCCAAAACGACGGUCACUGUCACUUUUUCAUACUACCGGACUUGCCGUCCACCCCCGGUUCUUCACUCCCUAGCCUGUGCUACCGUCUGUCGGGAGGUCUUUUGUCCAGGGCUAGUGCCUCGAAUGAGUCAGAAAGGUUGAUUUCUAGCUCUGUUCGUUUAUUUGGCUCACAGGAUGGGGAAAAAGGCACCGAAUACGCACUUGAUUCGAUGACGGUUAGUGAAGAUCUUUUACAAGAUCCUGAAAAAUUUGUAACGGCUAUGGAUGGGAUAUCGAGCGGCGGGUUUUUAAGAGAGCUUGAUUUGAAUACCUCUAAGUCGGCUUGGGUGGAGUUUGAGUGGUUAAAGGCCAAGGGGUAUUACAGUAUAGAGUCAUUUCUCUCAAAUAAACUGGAGUUGGCGCUGAGGAUGUCAUGGCUAGAAUGUCACGGCGGAAAGAAGCCAAGAGCUGGGAAAUCUAGGGUCAAAGUUGGUACUGCUGGAGUUGCGGCUAACGUUUUCUGGAGGCAAAAGGGAUGCCUGGAUUGGUGGCUGGGAUUAGGUCCUGGUGUCAGGAAGAAAAUUAUUCUAUUAUUCCUAUGCAAGGGAGCUAAAACACUGGUACUUGGCAAACGCAUCUCACUGAUGUGGUUUCAUUUUCCUGUUAUUUUAUAGUUUUAUUAUCGCACCAUUGCCAGUGUACUUGUUCUUGAUCAUACAAUUAUGAGGCCACUUUGAUCGCGUAGGAUACAUUAUAGACAUGCUGGUGGCUGGAUUGGGGCCCGGAAUUUGGUGGAGAAUUUAUUUAAGCUUUCCUAUGAUAGUGGGCUGAAACUUUGUUCUUGUCUCUCACAUAUAGCCUAUGUGUGAUUAUAUUACGUCAUAGUAGGGGUUGUGGUGUCAAUUUCAAUUCACUCACAGCUGGUGAUGCCACUUCUACUUUACUCGAUUAAGACGAAAUGCAGAAAUGUUGGCUCGAUUCACAGUUGUUGACUGGAGUUUGCAUAUUGAAUCACGCAUAAUCGUGACUCAAAAUCAAUAAAAAUGAUCGCUCCUGCAUUCGAAGAAAAUAAUAAAUCAUAUGGAGAAACUUUCUUUUUCCUCAUGGAAAAUAAAAAUAAUUUUGAAGGAGUUCACACUUAGAUCAUACACGUGGGCAUUAAAGGAUAUGCCUUUUUAGAGCCCUUCUCUGUUGGCAGAGAAGACAGUUUCUUUUCAUGGAAUGAUUUUUUUCACAAUAGAAAAUAAAAUAGCUUCAAAGGGGAUUUGAUGUUUUAAGGCAUCUCAGUUGUUAGUAAUUUGUCUAAGUAGAAUUUGAUUUUAUAAUAACAUAUAGAUUGAAUGUGAGGUUGAAGUUUUCUCAGAAAAGUUAUAAGGACAGAGCAGAAACAUUUGGUUAAUGUUUCGAGACUGAAUUCUUACAUUCUGUCAUUAACUGUUUUGACAGCUUCAUGGACACAAGCUGUCCUCACAGAAGAGGAUCUAAGUAUCCCAUUCACUAGAGAUCUGCAGAUACAUUUAGUUUGUAUCAGUUACUCUUUGGAAUAUGCCUUCAACGUGCUAGUCAAUAGCUAAAUACAUUGGUUUCAAGCUGGUCUAGCCCGCCUACAGGAUGAUGGAAAGGCUACCACUUCCAUAAGAGGAUUUGGUGAGAAAAAACUACAUCCUUAUAAAUGGACAGCUUUUCAUUUCCACUUAUACAAGCAAAAUAAGCGAUAUUAUUAAGAACUUUCUUUGAAGCUAAUCGGUAUCUUUUUUGUAUUCUAUUUGAAUGUUAGGGAAGAAUAUCAGAUUGUACUCUAGGAAUACAUUUGAAAAUUUAAAAUUGACGGUGGUUCUCUUUUCUGGAAAUGUUGAUGUUUUCGUGGUAUGCGGGCCAUAUUGUUUCUGAUGAAUCCUUUCAACUACUUUCAUUAUUUCUCGAGAACUAUGAAUUAUUGCACUCUAGAAGCGUCAUCUGCCUCCUCAAAUGGACCUGAAAAAUGCCUUCCAGAUUGCAUUAACGAGUUUACAUCUCAAUAAUAAAUGUUCCACAGAUUCCAUUAUAUAGACAUCGCUUUGAUGCUAGUCUUUUGGACCACCGUUAACUUCUCUCAACCUCUCUCUCCUUCCAAUGGAAUGAUGCUUUUUCCCCUGGCUAUUUUGGUCCGAAAUAAAGGGCUGUCACCAAAGAAACAUAUUCCCCUGAUUCCCAUAUAUAUCAUUUCUCUUGUUUACCCUUGCAUUUAUUAUGACCUACGGCAGUGAGUUUCAAUGAUUCUCUCUUUUCAAUUUCAUUCAGAAUUAUAUGCAAUAUGUCAUCCCAUGAAAAUUUAUUGUGAUCUAGUUCCUACAAGCUUUUUGCACCCCAUCUAGAUGGAUAAGUUACGGAAAAAAGAUUUUUGAUUGAUCACAAAGUUUUCCAUAGAUUAUGAUUUAGUCCUCCUCCAAUUGUGGAUUGUGAAGAUCCGUAAUAUAAUCUGGAUUUUUAGAAAUAUGCUUCGCAUACCUGAGAAGGAUCUACAAUAUUUGUUUACCAUUUUCAAUCCUCAUCCAUAAUGCUUUGCCUUCAUUACCAAAUGUCCAGAGUUGAUUUGACAUUAAUAACUUAACAGUUGUUUCAAUGCUGUCCAGAGGUUUUUUUUAAAGAAAUCAAAACCAUCUGUUACUUAUUUUUCUCGUUUCUUUAGAAAUAAUGGGUAAUACAUAGUUGUAUUUGCCAGGUUUGAGAUUAUCACUUUGCGUAGUCCAUUUUCUUUAAAUUUUUUGUAUUCCGUCAUUAGUUUACACAGUACAAUGACUCUAGCACAUCUUAUCACUUCAUCCAUUAGUGAGAGUUCAUGCCAUUUAGCUAGGUAAUAAGGCUAGUCAGAAUCAUAGCAGCAGGUUCUGUCUUCCUCUCACCUGCCAUAUUGAAUCUCAUAGGCUUAGAUUGAAUAUUUUUAUGGCUCUUUUUUGCUUUGGAAAUCUGGGAAGAAUCAUCAACUUAGGAAUCUUCUCCAUUUCAAAUAAGUAAUUGGAUAAAACCUCUGAGGUCGUGGUCCCAUCCCAAAAGGGAAAUGUUCCAUGGCUUUCCCAAAUAAGCCCAUGGCGUUAAUGUGACCUUAAUCCUCGAUAGCACCUUGAGAAUGCAGAACCUGAGGAUUGGUGGUCUAGCCAUCAUCCUUGACAGGAUGGCUUGACGACAUGGGAACCAAGGUGGACCUCUUCCCCUCAUGCACUGCCCACGCAAGAUUCAUGGCUGCAACUAGUAGAUCUCAUUCCGAGGGUUGCAGGACCAUCUCAUUAACCUUUGCUCCUCCAUCGUCAUCUUUCUUACAAAACUAUACCAGUUUGAGAAAGUGACAUUUUAUUUUCAUUGCAUGCAAAGUAGUAAAAAGGAUAUUCACAAUAUCAAGUCUUAUACUUCGUCUAAGAGAAUGAUAUUCAUAAUUGUUGCUCAACAUCUUAAGACCAAAUUUUGAUUUAGCUCUUUGUCUGUCCAUCUUACUUGGAUGAUGAAAUUUUUGAAAUCGAGCCUGUCAGUUAUGAUCAAUUUAUUGACAAUGGAUCUUGAAAACAUGCCUUUGCAUGAUAUUUCUUGCUUGGAAGGCGAGCACAAGUUUCUUGAGGAAAGGACAGUGGUAGUGUGGACGAUAUUAUGGGAAACAUUCGUGGUCAUUUUGGCAAAGAAACCCAGUCAAGGUCCGUGUCCAUUGCCAAAAACAGGUGCCAGCUGGUGAAGCGAAUGUGUGGUCAUUUAUUGUGGUGUCUUUUGAGUUGUUUAGAGAUAAGUUGACGAACAAGGAGAAGAUUAAGCAGGAAUAUUUGUGUUGGAACAAUCGAGAGGGUAGAUAUGAAGCAAUGUUCUCCAUCCACAGCCCUGAUUUACAUAAUACUUCAACUGAGGAUUAUGCCUUUUGUGAAUUUUUUUAAUUGUGUUAAUGUACAUACCUGUUCUCGUUUAAGCCAUCUUUAAAUAUUGUGUGUACAAAUUUCAAGGAUAUAAGGGCAAUGCAUUGUCCAACAGCUCUAAAUUUUUCGAUCUCAUGUCCUCACAGAUGUCACUCGAAUUUAAGUUGUCUAACUAUUUCUACUGUGAAGCAAAUUAUAUGAGGGUCCAAGCUCUUUAACGUCCAAAGUCUGUCAUUGGCAGUCUAUACCCUUUUGCUAGAUUGAGUUCAGAUAUUGGAGUUUCAAGAUGCUGAGGUCUCUUGUUCAUUGGUAGUAUUUCAUUCUUCAUUUUCUCAGUACUCUGUGCAGUUGAUUUCAACUAUACUCCUUCAGAGUAACCAUUUUCCUUUGUCAUCAACUCUGUGAAAUAGUAAAUCAAUAAAGAUGCUUGUUAUUGAUCCAUGAUAUGUUUUCUCCUUCAAAUGGUUUGUAGGGUUCUAUUGACAAAUCUGGUUAUUUCUGUAUCACCUCAUGCUGAUUGUCUUUGUAAAAACUUUCCAUUUCGAGCGUGUUCAUAUACUGAGCUCUUGUGGUGGUGGCCUGUCAGGUAAAGGAGAUCAUUGAGAAACGAUUAUCUGACUUGAGCAAUGAAUCAGCCUCCUUUUGGAUUCGAUCAAAAUCGACAACCAGAUAUAGUUCUGUUUCUCCUUUUCAGAGGACAAGCGAAUUGUGCUCUUCUCUUGAUCCAAACUUUUUCUUUGGUUCUGUAUCUAUCUCAUCCUCCAGGAGACCUUGUAGGUUGGCUAAUCUCUUAAAUGCGGUGCUUGUGCUUCAAGAAAUUAGUGAGAAGUUAUUAACAUCUCAGAGUAUUGAAUGUGUAAGCGAUACUUUAUUUUUUAGUACAUUAGGUUCUGUAAACGACAUUUCUGAUUGUAUAUUGAGGAGACUACGAGGGUUCCUUAUGUCAAUUUCGAGUGAGUGCAUAAAAAUUGAACUUACGGAGGACUGUAGAUUGAAUAAAUCUCUGAGCAAUACUGAAGGAAGUUUGGCCGAGGAUUCUUGUAAAGUAAAGAAGAAAGGUCGCAAUUCAAAGAGGCUGAAUUCCACAACAAAGGCUUCAAAGGUCAGUUACCAGAGAAAUCUUUUUCUGAUGUUUAAGGUAUUUCUAUAAAUGUUAAUUUAUUGGAAAUUUCGUUUUUAGACUGCCAAAAUUUAACUUUUUUAAUGAUUUUUACUUUUCAGGAACAUGGAGAUGGGACAAUUUAUAAAGAGAAUCCCAAGUCCAAGAUGGGUUGCCAGAGAAACCUUAUUCCAAAUGGUAUGUCUAACAGGAAGAUAAGAACUGGUGGUACUUCUGCUCCAGGAAAGACUCUUAACAAGGAGAUCUUAAAACCACAAACUGGAAUGGUAAUUCUUUUGAUUUAUUUCGUUCUUACUUUUUUGACAUUUUGAUCUAAUAAUAUGCUUUUAACACUGUCUAGGAAAAUUCAGUUGCCGAUCGCAGGGUUGAUGCCAGAAAACCGAAUAGUGGUAGGAAAGGGGAUAAGAUCAGAUCCUCCAUUGGUAAUGAACUACAUACAGUAGAAAAUCCCAAGUCCAAAGCCGUAGAAGUACUGUUUUCAUCCUCAACUGAAAAAAAUGAGGUGGAAAAAUCUGCACAGUUUUCAGAUUCUUUAAGAUUGAGCACCAUGACGAUUGGGUUAUUGAUUAAUGGCAACUUUCAGGCAGAAUCAGAGCACCAGAAUGCUGUUGAUGAUUCACUUUUGGAGAAUAAAACUGGCAAACAAUGCACACCUGUAGAUUCUACUGUGCUCACUACAUGUGAGUGUUCUCAGAGUUCAUUUAAAUUAGAAUCGGAUGAUCCAAUCAAGAACUUUUCAGAAUAUCCUCCAAAGUAUGAAGGCUUGCAUCGUGAAGUUUCACCUGUAAACCCAGUCACAGUACCUAAGACCCACUGUCCUGGGACAGUUACGAAAGAGGAAUCAGGGGAAAUCUUAGGCUGUAAAACAGCUGAGAGUGCCAAAUCUGAAAGGAAACGUGAAAAGUUUUGUUCUGAAGAUGAAAUUGAGCAACACAACUGGAAAGUCAUUACUGACAGCGCACCGCAGCGAGCAUCAAUUUAUUCCCAAUGUCUUUCUCCUGGGGCUGAUAUAUUGCAUUUGGAUGCUGGGGACAAUUUUCUCAAUCACACUCCACAAUCUUUCUAUUCUGCAACUGCUAGUCAUCAGGCCAUGAAUGCAUCAAGUGAAGUUGGUGGUCGCCGGGUUAUUCCACCCAGAACUCUACCUAUGAGUUUAGACUGGCCUUUGAUGGUAAGAGGUUAUAGUAGACUUAGUCAGUCGGUGGCAUUAAAUUUUGAUAAUGUCUACAAUUCACGAUUGCAGUCUUCAUUCUGCUCUGGACCAAAUGCUCAUGGAAUGCAGAAAACUGCUAAUGAUGGCGACAGGAAAUAUUCUGGAGAUGGUUUGGAUUUUUGUGAAUUCAAGAACGCACUAGAAGUUAUGGAUGAUUCUGAGAGCUACUGGAUAUCUGAGGAUGAAUCUGAUAUGCACAUAUUCACUGGACGAGAUUACAAUCAAUUUUUUGGUGGUGGAGUGAUGUACUGGAAUACAUCUGAUCAUGUCAGUACUGGUUUUUCUCGUGCACCCUCUCAUAGCUCUGAAGAUGGCUCCUGGGCUUGGCAUGAAGCAGACCUGAAUAGGUCUAUUGAUGACAUGGUUGGGAUGCCUACCUUAUCAGGUUCACUUAGUGUUAGUGGUGUUGUAUCUCCUCCUGCUACACCUUUUUGUUCACCUUUUGAAACAUUAGGGCCUGGGCCACCAUCCCUUGGUUAUGCUUUUCCAGGAAAUGACGCCAGUGGGCUGCAAUCCCCAUCACCAAUGGUCGACAAUCCAGAAGAAAAGGCAGCCUUAUCUUUCAAAAACUCAGGUCCCUGUCCCGAGGGAGUGAAAGGGGAUUCUCUUUCAUAUCCAGUUUUACGACCAAUUAUCAUUCCAAGUAUCUCAAGGAAAGGGUCGAGAUCAGAAUUCAAGAUCAAUCAUGACCACAACAGUCCAUGUGUAACUUCCACUGAUAGGGACUUCCCUCGGAUCAAACGGCCAUCAUCACCUGUCGUGCUUUGUGUUCCCCGAGCCCCUAGACCACCUCCACCAUCUCUUGGAGACUCUCGGAAGCGCAGAGGCUUUCCUGUUGUGAGGUCAGGUAGCUCCAGUCCAAGGAGCUGGGGUAUGAGAAGUUGGCACCAUGAAGAAAAUACCUCUCCAGGAACUCACAUUUGUUUGGAUGGUGGCGAGGUUAUCUGGGCAUCAUGGGAAAAUGGAAAACGUGCUGGCACUCCAAUGAUGCAACCUGUUCCUGAGUCUUUGCUUCAGGACCGGCUGAUUGCUAUCUCCCAUCGUGAUCAGGAACAUGUGAGCCCGUAGAUAUCCUGGUCUGUUAUUUAUUUAUUUAUUAAUAUUUUAUGUUUGACAGUUGAGUUAAUAUUUCAGCCAGACAUUGCACUUCCAGUCCAAUCUACUGAAUCAAAUUGCUCCUCGCAUAAGAUGUCCCUUUCUAUGAUGCACAGUCUUCUUCAUGAAGAGAUAGACUCUUUUUGUAAAAAGGUACCAUCUUCAGAAAUUCAUUGAAUCUGCAUUUUGAAACAAGUAUUGUUUUACUCUGGGGGAUUUCACUUUAGUUCUUUUAUUGAAUUCCUUACCUGAAGUGAAUAGUUAAUUUUGUAAAAAUGACACCUGUUUUCUGCUAAAUGUGACAACUACAGCAUUUUUUUUAAUGGGACCUCACGUGCACUCAUCUUUUUGGAGUUCUUUGCGAUCGGAAUUUUUGUUGUUUGGUGUUUUUUUCCUAUUACAGUUUUCAUUUUGUUUCACUUUAUGAAAUAACAUAGGUUGCUGCUGAAAAUUUGACUAGAAAGCCCUUCAUUAACUGGGCUGUCAAGAGGGUUGCUAAGUCUCUUCAGGUCCUUUGGCCGCGUUCUCGGACCAGUGUAUUUGGUUCAAAUGCAAAUGGUUUGGCUCUUCCAUCCAGCGAUGUUGACCUCAUAAUUUGCCUUCCUCCUGUAAGAAAUUUGGUAAGUUGCAAAAUGAUUUGUAUUUAGUCUCUCAAGACUCACAUUUUGUUAUGGGCCUCACCUGUUAUUCAUGUUGCUAUUACUCCAUUGAUUCCAUGGAUUCCUAACUACGCAAGUUAUUUGCCAGGAACCCAUCAAAGAAGCAGGAAUUUUGGAAGGUCGAAAUGGCAUUAAAGAAACAUGUCUCCAGGUAUCCGUUUAUCCUCUGUAUUCUACAAUGGUUCAGAUGUAUGUAUUCGAACCUAUUAAGUUCAUCACCCCAUUAUAAACUGGGGUGAUUUUCAUGUAGUCUAAUAUAGUAGAUUUUGCCAUGUUAAUUCAACAUGUUCUAGCCUUGUAUAUCAAAUUGAUCUAGUACACCGUAUUGACCUAUUCUUUUCUGUAUAUGAAGUCUUUAUCAUUAAUGUUGAAAAUCCAAUUUAAAAAGAUUCUGGACUUGAGGAAAAAGAUCUAGCCUUAAAUCCCGAAAGAAAAUGAGGCUCAAUAUUGAAAUGUUAAAGUCACGAAAUACAGAUUAUCUAUCAAUCUGACUUUGAUCCAAAUAGUUUUCUGGGUUUACAGUCACAUCUUGAGCCCAAGUUAGUGAACCUUGAGCAAAAUGCAAACUCAACCAAAUGGGUAGCCAGACCACACAAAAAUUUGUCAGUUUAACCAGUCAACAGAUUUCUAAAUUAUUGCGUCACAUUAAAAUCAUAUAAAAUGAAAUGUUUAGAAGAGGUAACAAGAUUUUGGGUUCGUUAAAGCCAUGCUACCUUCUAAACUUUGUUCCUGCUUCGGUUUUUUUUUUUUUUUCUUGUGUUCUCUUUCUAAAAGUACUGAUACCCAUGUUUGUCAUUCCAGCAUGCAGCUAGAUACCUUGCCAAUCAAGAUUGGGUUAAGAAUGAUUCACUGAAGACCAUAGAAAAUACAGCUGUAAAUCUCCUCCUGGACUGUUUUCGCAUUUAUGUCCUUGUCUAUAUUUGCUGGUUUUAGGAGGACAGAAACUUGUUCUCUUAACUCCAAGUAGAUGGAUUAUGACGGAUUUUCCACUAAUUUAUUAGUAUACUAUUGCCUGCAGAUUCCUCUUAUCAUGCUCAUUGCCGAAGUUCCUUAUGAUAUUAAUGAUGCAAAUAUAAUUUCCUCCGGUGCUCGGUCACCAGAAGUACAAACAGGACAGAUAAAUGUUCCUAAAGGUCGUAAUUCCUCUGAUUCAGAGGGCCUUUCUUUGUCAAACAUAUCUAAGCCAAUGAUGAACGGCAACACUUUUGUGAAAUCAAUUCGAAUUGACAUCAGUUUUAUGUCAUCAACACACACUGGGCUCCGAACCACAGGACUGGUAAUUGUCGGAGCUUCUGAUCGCUUUAUCCUUUGGAUGUAGGUUAUACGCUUUUUUGGCAUUUUAAGAUGUACGUUUCAAUUGAAAAGGAUGUUUUAUUACUAGCUUUGAUUUGCACUUUUUUAAAAACAUUUUCUCUGGUAUUAAUUGCAAAAUGUUAGACCAUUUACUUGCAUUCUUAAAUCUUCCGUUCUAAAGAAGAGAUGUACAGCUAUCUUUUCAGUAGUCUAUAUGCUUAAUAUUAGAGGGCAAUAAUUUAGCCCUUUUGGAUUUAUAGGUCCACAUUAAAUAUAUGCACUUGAAUUUUAAGUUGCCUGCUAAUUUGUAUAAGUGAGAUUUACAGCACAAAAUGGCUUUUGUCUCCAGAGAUUUCUAUCUACGUCAGAUAAUUUGUAUCACAACAGCCAUUUUUUCUAUCAGUCUGACAAUAUUCAUAGAAUUGCAUGAAAAAAAUAGUCAAUGCAUUAAACUUGCCGGCUCUGGCUGGUACAACUGGUUCCCUCUGGUUUAUGGUGCCAAGAAUCCAGGAUUAGUAGAAAGUAGAAGGGAGGACGAAAAAAGGAAAAGUUGUGGCAGCCGGACCACCAUCUGUGGGAACCAACCCCUGCUUUUUUUGUUCUUCUUUUUCCCUCUCUCCUCAGUGUCCUAGGGUAGAGGUGUUUGAGGGCUCCGGAUUAGAGACGCAGGCAGAUAGUCCUUUUAAAAUCUAUUCGAAAAUUAUAAAAUCAUUCUCUGAUUAUCACUAGUUUUCAUAUCAACCCACGAAAUUAUGAAAGGAUGAAAUUAUUUUAAUAAAUCUGGUGAAUUCAAAUUUUUAACCUGCUGAACUGCGGAAGAGGAUUUUUUUUAUAUCCUUCCAGAUAAAACAUUACAUUAAUAUCUUGACUUCGGUAGACAAUUAUAAUAAGUGAAAAGAUGAGUUAAUCAUCUAUUGCUAUCCAUUGUUCUCUUAGAUUCACUUAUGCAGGCUGUUCAUGUUUCAAGCUUCUAUUUUAUCAUUUCUUGGUUCUGUGUUCAGGUUCGGCAGCUUACUGAGCAAUUUCCUGCAUCCAUCCCUCUGGCUUUGGUCCUCAAACAAUUCUUGGCAGAUCGUAAUUUGGAUCACUCGUACUCUGGCGGUUUGAGUUCUUACUGUUUGGUCAGAUUUCUUCAUUUUUCAUCUCCCUUCUUUGUUUAUUAAGUGUUGGUUUCCCAUCUAUUAUUUUCCUGUUCAUAAUAUUUUCUCAAAAGCUGUGCAUUGUUACUUCAAUAUUUAUCCAUUAUUUGGCGAACUUUCUGCUCACCAUUUUUACUCUGCAUAUAUCAAACAGAUUAAUAAAGAAUUAUUUUUCGGUGAAACGGUUCGUAUUUUCCUUAAUGAAAUAACCUCUAAUAUUUUGAUCGCUGACUAUCAAUAUGGAGCGUAUCAGGUGUUUCUGUCCUACCUACUUCGUAUGAAUCCCGUUUGUGGAAUUGAUGAUUAGUUUGGCAUCAGCUGAUCUGACAUCGGAAUCUCAUUUUCACCAACUUCGUUGGGUCUUUAAUGUUUGAUUCUAUAUCUGACCUCAGUGAUGGGAUGUGAAAGAGAGGAUUCAAUAUAAAAUUUCUGGAUUCCGUUCGGGUUAGAUCCUGCUGAAUCCAACAGCUGAAUUAUGAGCUUAAUCUGCCUGUAACCCAAAUAAAACUCAUUCAAUUCUUUGGUUGAAACUUCGCCCAGUCAUAAUUUUUUUUGCUUUUUUUCUCUGUUUUUAAGAUCUAUAUUCCUUGGAUGGGGUGAAUUUUUUUGGACUAGUUAUCAGACAACUCGUGUUGCCAACGUGUCCCAUUUCAUCAUUUUUCUGUAGGGCUAUGACUCAUCAGAUUGAAAAUUGUCUGCAGCAAGAACAUACCUUUGCUUUCGUCUUCUACCAAGAAUUUUGAAUGAGAAAACACUAGUUUCGUGCUAUUCAAUCACAGAACGGUUAGACUUCACAUUAAGAAGUGUCUUUGGCCAUUACAAAUCAAAGUUUUCACUCCGAGCCAUGCUAGAAAUCCAUGCCCGUUACUCAAUCCUAUUAAUACUGUAGAAUUUCUGGAUUAUAGAAUUCCUGGAUUGUCCGGUUCAUUGUUCAUUUUAUCAUGACAUCCCUUUUUUGAGGACCAGCACUGAUGUUUCUGUAAAAAGCUUACAGGAAACUGAAAUCUGUCACUGCACUUUAAAACUACACAUUCUUCAUGUGCGGUGGAAUGCCCCUAGGCUGGCACCGAGUCUUCUUGUUAUGAUUUUUUGCAGCAAACCUUAAGACCGUGGACAUUACUUCAUAUUAAAUCUGUUGCUGGCGGAGGUCCUUUGGCUAUCUAACCUCCAUAGUGCCUGUCCAACUAUACUGGACUUGUGUCAUUGCCUGGUUAUCUAACUACGACAUUUCAAGUACACAUUAAGUUUUUACUUCUGUAAUUUUGUUUUCUCUUUUUAUUUUGAGCCUGUAUUUUCUCGCCUUCAAUGCGAAUGUGUUAGGAUCCCACAGCAGGGACUAAAACAACGACAGAACAAUGGUAGCGACAGAGGAAAUCAACUAAGAGAAAUGGGAAUUAAACUCCACUGAGAUAGAUAAGAGAACAGAACAGAAGAAGGUUUCCGGGGGAAACCCUUGAACAGUUGGGGACGAAUUCGAGAGCGCCCCACUCUCCUGCUGACUUCUCCCAAAAGUUCCCCACAAUGAGGACUUCUAAGGGUCUUUAUACCCAUACUCCUUAAUGGGCCCUUGCCCCAGCUUCCUUUGACCCACCUACCUCUUAACUUUCCCUCUCCAGGUUUAAGUAACCCAGACAUUGGGCCUGGUAUUGGGCCCAACAGUUCCGGACCUGACAGAAUGUUGAUGGCCUUCUAAAUAAAAUUAGAUAAAUUAUUAUUUUUCUAAAAUUUCCUCUAUAACAUUUUUAUGGCUCCAGUACUUGUACAAUACUCAAUAUUCUUGUUCACGUUUUCUCCCCCCAUAUUUUAGCAACCUUUUGAAAACAUUUUUAGGAAAUGCCUUCACGUCAUUCAUGCUACCUAAAAGUUAUAUUUGAUAAUGAUGACUUUUAUGCUCAUAUUCCUAGUUUACUUUCGUGUUUUUCUUCAACUUGAGGAUGUUCCUUAUCUGCCAGCCUUGUGCAGGUUUUAUUGAUUAUACGGUUUCUGCAGCAUGAGCACCAUCUUGGUCGUUCCAAUAGUCAAGUAAGAAAACCUUUGGUUUGCUUGUUUCAACCGUUACAGCAUUGUUCCUUUCUCAGGCACAAAUAAGUGCACUUAAUAUGUAGCGUCAUAUAGGCACCUACCCAUUUUGGUUGUGUUUGCACCUAUCGUUUUAGAUUGAUCCAUCAGAAUAUUGCAGUCACCUCGAGGUGAUGUGAUGGGGGCUUAAAACCUUCUUUCACAAUAAAAUUUUGGACAUUUUGUGAGUCUGAUUCGCGUGUAGAGUUUGUUUUGCUCAUUGAAACUGUGACAUAGAUGAGGUGAACCAGGCUAAUUCUCACUACUACUCGACUGAUACUUCUUCUUUUUUUCCUUCUCUUUAAGGAGUACCUGAAUGAUGAAAGACAGAAAGAACUUUUAUUUGUGAACUUACAUUGAUGUAGCAUUUUUUACGAGGGCAGUGAUCCGUUUUUCAUUCGUUUUUGACUGUCAUUAAAUUGCAAUAUAGAUAGAGUGCUGCUCAAAAUUAACAUUCAAACAAGCGCAGCAAAGUCUGUUCAUCACUUCUCUGGACCGCCUCCAUGUCACCAACUGUUGGGACUUUUUUUCUGUCUGGUAACCAUGUUAAGAGUGUGGGAAUCUGUCACUUGAAGCUACUAUCCUCCUUCCCGAAAGCUUUCAUGUGAUAACUGUUUUCCUACAGAUUUUGUUGACUCUGUUGAUGCCUCUAGAGCGCUUAUGGUUCUGCGAAUGGGCCUAUAUAGAAUAAUCAGUAUGAAGAAAUGAAGCAUGUGAGUUAGACAAACAACACGAGAAAAUUAAGAAGAUAUGGAGGACAUGAUUGGACCUGUUUUGUUAAAUAUUGUACAAAGCAUACUCGUCUGACUUGUUGUUCUCUUAUUUUUUAUCCUGCUUUAUCAUUUACUUUUCUUCUCUGUGUGUUUGGUGGCAGCAAUCAUAUAAUGGGCUUGGUGGAGGAUUAACCCCUUUGGUUCUCCUUCAGAUGAAUAUUGCAACCUUGAAGAAUGUAUUUGAUUUUCCAAAUUCCACGAUUAGUGAUGACAUUGAAGUUUAGAUUUGAAAAAAACCCUACUGGAAGACCAAAGAAGCCAAGAGGACUAGGAAGAGAAAGAACUGUAGUUCUCAAAUAAUGAUUGGCAAGAGUACUGUUGCCUAUCGUUUCAUCUUGUGGCUGCCGAAAAGCCCUCUCUUCUGCCUUCUCUUGUUUUUGCUGGUAUAGAUGAUGAUACAUGGUAUUGAUCACUCUUGAAAAACAUCCCAGAUAGGUUCAUAGAACAAGUGGCUGUCAAAGCUACUUCCUUUCCUGGAAACUAGAUGCAUCUUGGCUAAAAUAUGAGAAUCCCAUAAUUUCUUUAGUGUUUACAUGUUGUAUGGUGGUUCAGCUUCUCUCGGGUCUAUUGAACGCUCAUCAGUCAAGAUAGAUAUGUUAUCAUUGAUGACUCAGCCGUGAUAACUUUAUUUGUGAAGAUAGUGAUGUUAUUGUAUGAUUUCUUUGCUUCAGAAUACCCUUCUCUGGUGUUUGUAAUUUGGGAUGUAUAUCACAGUCUAAUUCGUUUGUUUCAUAUCUUUGGUUUUCAGAAUCUGGGAAGCCUACUGAUGGACUUUCUCUACUUUUUUGGGUAUGCCUGUUGCAGCUAAUAAGUUCUGACAUAUAAUUCUUUCUAAUGAGAUUCUCUUUAUUAAGGAAUAUAUCAAACGUUACGGGUAAUUAUUGCAUUCGAUUUUUGCUUCGCCUUGUAAUUCAAAGUGUUAUUGGAUUGUAAUUUCUUAAUUUUUUUCUCACACUGAUGCUAAACUUUGUUUCUCAUGUUCCACCUAUGAUCAAGUCUUAGAUGACAUCUGUCUAUGGUAAUGUGUUGUUAUUAGGCAUCCACGUGUGCAAUAAAUGGAUCGAAUAGGCAUGCAUAUGUAAUCCUUCUAUUUUGACUUGAUAAAAAUAUUGGUGUGGAUAUUAUUUGAAGACUAAAAUUGUUACUCUUCUUUCAAUGCUGACUCGAUUGAGGGGAUGGAGUCUAUGAUCAAUCUGUUAAUGAAUGAGAAAACAUGUAUUAACGGAACGUUAUUGUACAGACACUUUUACUAUCAAACAUUUAGGCGUUUUACAAACAUAUACCGUCCACAGUAAAAAUGGACUUUUCAAAUUUAUUUCCAUUUUUUUAAUAUUUUAUGUAAGCACCAAUGUCGCUCGUCAAUCGAAUUCCUUUACAUCGAAGGCACUUAAGCCAGGAAUCAUGACCUCCUCUUCAGACUUGUGAAAAUGUUUUUCAGGCUUCUGCAGUCAUCUAAUGAUUUCAAGAUUUCUAUUUGUUGUCAGAAAUGUGUUUGAUCCUCGUCAAAUGCACGUGUCAAUUCAAGGAAGUGGGAUCUAUAUGAAAAGAGAAAGAGGACACAGGUUAGGAAACCUCUUUAGAUAUGGGAAAGUUUACUUUCGUUCUCCUGAUAUUCAUUCUGUAUUGGUAAACUCAUUACCAAUUUAAAAACGUUUUUUUUAUGUUGACUCUCAUUUGGUUUUUCAAGUUACUCCUUGAUAAUUUGAAUUUGUGUGCAGCAUUGAUCCAAUUCACAUUGAUGAUCCUCUUUGUCCAACAAAUAACGUGGGGAAAAACUGCUUUCGUAUACAUCAAUGCAUCAAGGUUAGGAUCUAACUUCUGCAAUCGCUGCUACUUUCUUCUGAGGUGUUAUAUUUGACGAUCUUGUGAUUAUUUACGUUGACUAAUCCACCUUCUUGGCAUCCAAGAUUUAGAGGACUUAAUUGCUUUAAAAGGUCGUGAUAUUCAGUUGGAACGUCUUUUUCUAGGCAUUAUCUAGAUGUUACACGAUGUAUUACUUUAUCACUCAUUUUACUUAUAGGCCUUCAAACUGGUUGGUGGAUAGAGUUUUUCUUUUGGUUCAUCAAGGUUGCUUUGAAACGACGACAGAGUUGACCCUUCCAUGUUGAGAAUUUUGUAUCUGGUGUAUUUUUUCGAUCUUAUCAAUGUAUUCAAGGUAAUAUCAAACCGUCCUGGCCACAUAGCUGAACGGUACUUUCCUUUCACGUUUUAUUGUUGUUAUUGUAUAUAUAAAAUAAAUAUUCAUAAAAUUUAAAAAUCAGAUAGUUUGUGUUUUGAAUAAGAAAAAAUUAAAUAUAUGACAUAAAUAUUUAAUGGACGUGUUCUUAUGAUGCUAAUAGUGUGUACAGAUACUAAUAUAUUACUGGUAUCUUUUAUGCGUUUUGGAAAGUGGUCACCUGAGUUCCUUGCCUCGCUGCAUAGACAGUAGGCCCUGGACCACCACCAUUAUGAACUUAGUUGCCUUAAUAAUCUUGACUCUAGUACAGAUUUUCCUCACAUCUUGGAGAGCUGAUUUUCAACAUGUCUAUUGUCCACCAAUCUGUCUCAUUGUCCACCAAGCUGCUAUUUCAUAUGACUUUGUCCAUUGAGUCGACGCAACCUCAAUAAGUUUUUCUGAAUCUACGAUUUAAUUUUCUGAGUUAUAUGUUGCAGGCUUUUGCUGACGCUUAUUCUGUGAUGGAUAAUCAAUUAACAUCCCUGCCCAGUGGCUCUGAUUCGAAAAAUCAUGUGCCUUUUAGGCUACUGCGAAAGAUUAUCCCCAGCAUAGAUUGUGAGUGCACUUGA